GAGAUAAAAAGACUCAAGAUAGAAGACUCUCCUCAACAAAAACAGUUAGAGUAUGAAAAGGCUAAAUCAGGUUGUCGUACUCAUUUGAUAGAACAUUAUCGCAGUGACGUACUUAAAGUAUCAGCAAUACCUUUACAACCAGAUGAGGAAAAUUAUAAUUUCAGUGAACGUUUAUAUUAGACCCACUAUAACAAGCAAGAUAGAAAAGAAUAGAGGGGAGUCUGAAGAAAAAGAAAUAAAGACCAUGUCAGAGAUUUUCAAAAAGAAUGGGGAACCACAGAAGUUUAUUUAUGUUGUUGGAGAUGCAGGGUCUGGUAAGAGUAGUUUCUGUAAAUAUUUGAUCAACUGUUGGUGUAUGGCACACAGUGAUGGACACAAUGAAGAUGAUGAGUUUGAAGGAGUCAAGGAAAUGAAGAAAUUUGAUUCCAUGUUUUAUAUUUCUCUUAGACAUAACAUAAAGACCCGAAGUAUCCAAGAAAUGCUUGAAAUGCGAUAUGAUAAGAUAAAAAAUUUAAGUAAACUUCUGGAAAAUGAUUCUGAAAAGAUAAUUAUUUUGCUUGAUGGUUUAGAUGAAUGGUCUUUUGACAGUGAGACUAGAAAUGAGUUCCAGGCAGGCCUUCCUGAACGUGACUUUACAAAAAAAUACACAAUUGUUACUACAUCACGGCCAUGGAAAAUUCACAGUUUGAGAGUAAGUAAUAGAGAGAUUCAUCAGUUAUUGAAAUUAAAAGGGUUUGAUGAAACACAUGAAAAAGAAAUGAUUAAGAAAACAAUAACAGCAUUGAACGAAUCAUUAGAUCCUAAUGUGUGUGAACAAAAGCUUAGGAUACCGUCUGUGGUUGGCCUGAAACAGGUACCAAUUAUGCUGCAACAAUUGGUUUGUUUAUGGUGUGAUGGUAAACUUGAUAAAACCUCAAGGUGUGCUAUUUAUACUGGUAUGUUAGAACUUUAUUUCACCUGGAAUAUCAAUAAAACUUUAGGAAAUAAUACAGAAUGUAUGGAAAGUUCUCAGAAUAUUGAACUCCCUAAGUAUUUAACAGAUGUAGAGAUAUGUAGAUUAAAUAGUCAUCUUAUAUAUGGUGUGUCACGCUUGGCUUAUGAGACAUUGUUCAAUUAUUCAAAGGAUAAGUCCUUAACAUUUGACAAAUCUGUGUUUGAUGAUUUGAAAAUAUCACAAGAUGUGCGACAAACAUGUCUGAAACUGGGGAUUUUGACAGAAGAUAAAUGUCCUUCUUUUUCUGUAUCCAAACCUAAAAGCUCAUUGUUCUCUUUCAUUCACAAAUCAAUGCAAGAAUUUCUGGCUGCAGUGAAUAUUGGCAUCAAUUUCAAUGCAAAAAUUGGUUCGUCAGAUAGUACAGGAAAUAAUGAAUUAGCCAUGAAGUUUAUUAAUGAGGUUUUUCAGAAAUGUUCAACAGUAAAUGACAUAUUAGAGCAGUCAAAUGUAAUUAUUAUGCUAUGUGGUCUAGAAUCUAGAUUAGCAACACAUGUUUCAAAAUACAUAUAUGAUACUGUGUCAAAAGACUCUUGUGUUCAGGAAUACAGGAGAACAAUAAAUAGUAACAUUUAUAGGGAUCAUGAUUGUAUUACUGAUAUUCAAAAGCUUAUGUUUGAGUCAAUGGAAGAAUUCAAUGCAGCAUGUAGUAAAGGAAAUAAUCCUGUAUUUUAUUUAGGAGAUUUGGUCAUUGAUGAUAGUGAUGAUUGUGAUAUUGUUUGUUCAAGUAUUGACCAGCAUCAAAUUGUUCCUGACUCUGUUUUGUCUAUUUAUGUAGUUGCCAUCAACACAGAAAAUGUUAAAUUUACAAAAUAUUUACCAAUGUUUCAUCAUCUUGAAAAAAUUAAAAUAGAAUAUCAAUUUGAACCACAAAGGUUAUCAAGUACACAACGUGAUAGUACACAGAGUAAUGAACAGAGGAUUGAUGAGAUGAACAAUUGUGUUUCUGAGACAAUUAAAUUAAAUACUUUAACAUUAAAAUCUCUGUCUCUUGAUGUCUCUUACACUGGCAAGUAUUACCCAGUGUAUAAAACAGUUGUUAGUAACCUACCUAGUAUGAUCAAUCUUGUAGCAAUAAGUAUGAGUGAUAUAACAAUGAGUCAUGAUGAUACUACUACAUUUUGUAAUUUUCUUGAGAGAACCAGUCAUCUUGAACAAAUACAGCUUAUUAAUGUUAAAUGUGAGUGUGAGAAGCAGCAUGAUGUAAAUUUAUCAAAACAUCAACAACUUCAGUAUCUUGAUUUGUAUAAUACUGUUAGUGUGAUAGAUGCUGAUACUACAAAUCUUGAAAUAUUUAAUUUUGGAACUUUGAAAAAUAGAAAUUAUGAGAAAAUAUUUGAUAUUAUUAGAAAAUCUUACAAAUUAAAAGAACUUGAAUUGUAUGCAGAUGAUAACAAUAAAUCUCAAUUAUAUCAUACCAACAUAACAAAGAGACUUGUCACAGUAUUACCACUGUUACACAAUCUCAGUAAGCUUGAGUUAAAGUAUUGUAGGUUAACGGACAAUAUAAUACAGUUACCUUUAGAGAUGAAGAGUUUAAAGUACAUUAAGCUUUAUAAAGUCAUAAUGAGUUUGACAACAUGGCAGAAGUUUGUUGAUAGUCUUCCUGUUAUUCCUCAUACUGUAGAUGUGGGUGUAAGCUGUUAUAUAACAGGAGAUGGUGAGAAGUUUAAUGAUGAUUGGUUAACAUGGACUUCACUAUGUGGAGAGAAGGGAAAUGAUGCUAAACAGUAUGUAAAAGAUAGAGAUCAGUUAUUUCAUGGUAUACAGGAUUAUUAUUGGUUUGACUUUUCAACAAAAAAGUGAUAAAGUAUCCAUGUAGUUACAUAGUGUUUGAACUAUUUUUUUUCAAUAUUAACAAUAAAAAUAAUGGUUUGAAUCUUUAACACAGUGAAAUAGGAUACGUGACGUUAACAUAGUGAUUAAACUAAAUUAUUGCAUGUUAAAAGAGAUAAUUUAUUUGUUCAUUUUUGACAAAAAAGAAAUGAUCUGAAAAUUUAACAUAGUGAGAUAGAAUACAUGCAGUUAACAUAGUGCUUCAUUUAAAUUAUUUCAUGAUAAAAGACAUAAUUAUUAAAAUAAACAUUAUCAGCAAAAUAAAAAUAUAAUAAUAAAGUUACAUAUUGAUAAGUUAAAUAAUGAAUGUAAUACAAUAUGAUAAAUAACAAUCAUCAAAAACAGUUCAUUAAAUAUCAAUUUCUGAUCAUUGUAGUAAUAUUGAAAUUGAUGAAAGUAAUAUUCAAAUGUGUUUUUCAAUAAAAAAAAAUGAAAUUAAUGCAGUGAAAUAUAAAGACAAAAUAUAUUAAUCUGGAUAAAGGUAAAGGUUAUUUUUUAAAGAGCACAGAGGUAGUUUGUGAAAGAAAUAUGAUUCGAAAAAGUAAUGUUCUAAUAAGAAUGCAUAAAUAGAUUUGUAAAUAAACACGUAAAUGUAAUGAAAAAGAAAAUUUAAUGGAAAUAUAAAACAGAUGCUUAAUGUAAUUUACAUGGUCAGAAAAGUUAGAAGAAGUAAAAGAUAACAUGCAAAUACCAGUCAUAUAAAUAUGUAUGGCAAUGGAAUGGUAUAAAUAAAUACCAGUUAUAUGAUAUAAAGGACAAGGGAAUCAGGUAUAUAUAAAUACCAGUUAUAUCAUAAUGUACAAGGGCGGAAGAAGUAAAAGAUUAAUGUAACUGAAUGAAAAGAUAUCUGUUAUAUGAUAUAUUGGACAAUGUAAUGAUAUAAACAAAUACUAGUUGCACGAUUUAUAGGACAAGUGAAUGAAAACCAGUUUUAUUAUAUCAAAUACCAGGGAAUGGUAUAAUGAAUUAUAAAUGAAUGGUGUUUACAUAUAUAAAUACCAGUUAUAUGAUAAAUAGGACAAUGAAAUGGUUUAUAUGAAUACCAAAUAUUUGAGCAGUGUCAUGACAAAACCAACACAGUGCGUUUGCGACCAGAAUGGAUCCAGACAAGCCUGCGCAUCCGCGCAGUCUGAUCAGGAUCAAUGCUGUUCGCUAUCACUUUCUUUAUUUGUAAUAGGGUUGUAAAGCGAACAGCAUGGAUCCUGAUCAGACUGCGCGGAUGCGGUCGCAAACCCAUUAUGUUGGUUUUGUCGUGACACGGCUCAUAUGUUAUUUAGGACAAAGGAAUGGUAAAAGUUAUAUGGUAUGUAGGAUAAGGGAAUGGUAUUUGUAAAUAUUGGUUAUAUGAUUAUAUGUCAAGAGAAUGGUAUUAUUAAAAACAAGUUAUAUGGUAUAUAGGACAAGGGAAUGGCAUUUCUAAAUACCAGUUAUAUGAUAUAUAGAACAAUGGAAUGUUAAUAUACAAAUACCAGUUAUAUGUUAUAAAGGACAAUGAAUUGUAUAAUUAAUACCAGUUAUAUGAGAUAUAGUACAGGGUCACAGUAUAUGUUAUUACCAGUGAUAUAUAGGAUUACAUGUAUAUGUUAUAGAGGAAUAGUAAAUUUUAUAUGUGAAUACCUGUUAGAUGAUAUAUAGGAAAAGUGAAUGUUAUACAUAAUUGUUUUAUUCAUUGAGAUGAGAAUCAUUUACAUGUUAUAUUUUAGAGACUCCUUCUUUGAUUGUUUUAUAUUGUAAAAAUUGAAAAAAGUGAGAAAAAAUUAUGAUUAUGCAAAACGAUAAUGUGUACAAGUUAAUACUGUUAGUCAGUAUUACUCAAAGUGUUAAAAGGGACUCCACUGAGGAUUUUUGAUGUACUCAGAAAAUUAUAUUUACUUGAU